AUGAACGUGAUACCUGGCAACAACUUCAACUCCUCAGUGUCUACCUCUCAGGAUACCCUACAUCAAUCAAAUGCUGUACCUUCGCUACCUGAUACUCUGCGUCAACAAAAUGGUGGGGCAGUACCAUUAUCAAGUCAAAUAGGUAACCGCCAUCCGUUACAAGAUCGUAUAAAUAACUGGGAAACUACCCAGAGAGAGAGACAAUUGGAACAGUACCGCCAGAUCUUCGGGAUUGCCGAACCAAUGAAACGUGUCAUGGAAGUAGAAAUCAUUGAAAAAUCAGGCUUCAACCCAAUUCACAGCAAUGGAAAUUCGCUACAUAAAGAUAUCCUGUUAAAUAAAGAUACUUCGAUUGAUUGGGAAGACGUUUAUACUACAGAUGCUAGUGGAAACAUGGCUUCGACCGAUGUUGCUAAAGAUAUUCAUACUUUGAUGGAAAAUGAUUUGAAAUUAUAA